AUGGCAACGUACAUAUCGACAAAGAGAGGCCAAAAAAAAUUAAUCUUCGAAGAGUACUUCUACCAUAGAGUUAGGCGUACUCCUAAUGGCGUAACUUAUUGGACCUGCGGCGAAUCAUGUGGCGGUUCUGCAAUAACUAUCGGUGAUGGCAACGAUGGCGAAGACGUUAUUAUCAGAAGAGUGCACAAUCAUGGGCCUUCUCAUAAAAUAGGACCCAUGACUGUGCAACACAAGAUAAGAGAGGCAGCUAGUUCCAGUCAUGAUACACCUAGGGAUGUUGUGAACACUGCCCUAGAAGGGAUAUCGGAUGACACGAAGGUUAAUUUGCCACAACUAACAUCGAUGCAAAAGAUGGUGAGAAAAGUACGCCGAAGAAAUGAGAUAAUUCCACGAGUGCCUCACUCAUUUAGGGAAUUAAUUAUCCCUAAUGAGUUGAGAAGAACCAAAACAUCCAUACCUCAGGAUUUCAUUUUGAGUGAUACUGGAAUAGAGGAUCAAAAUCGUAUAAUUAUAUUUGGUUGUACUUUAGACGUUACUCGUUUAAUCCAAUGUGAUACAUGGGUUGUCGAUGGCACUUUUAAAAGUGCUCCGAAUCUGUGGUACCAACUAUGGAUUAUACAUGGGGUCUUUCACAACAGAACAUUACCAUUCAUCUACGCAUUUUUGCCAAACAAAAAUGAGCGCAGUUACGAGAGAAGUUUGAUUAAAAUUUUCGAAAAAAUCGAUAUCAUUCGACCUGGAGCAAGACCUAAUACAAUCGUAAUUGAUUUUGAGAUGGCAGUUGUUAACACUUUUAGACGAUUAGUUCCCAAUAUUAGAGUUCACGGUUGCUUCUUUCAUUUUUGUCAAGCAAUAUGGCGUAAAGUGCAGCAGUUAGGUUUAGCACAACUUUACAGAGAUGAACAAUUUUUUAAAACCUUAAUAAAAUCAUUUUGUGCUCUUUCGUUCGUGCCACCAGCAGAGGUUUCUCAAGUAUUCGAACUGUUGGAGACCGAGUUAAUUGAUAGCUUUGGAGAAGACGAAAGAUGUCACAGUUUUAUCGACUACUUUAUUACAACCUGGGUUGGACGUACACUUCCGCCAAGAAAUCCAUAUUAUGCAAUUGACAUGUGGAAUUGCAAUAAUAUUACUCUGGAAGGGUUACCAAGAACAACAAAUUCAGCGGAAUCCUUUCACCAUGCAUUUAAUAGCAUGUUCAGUUGCCGCCAUCCUAAUCCAUACAUAUUGAUAGAAAAGCUAAUCAAAGAGCAGCUGAGGCAAGAUUUGAUUAGUAGCCGUCUCGAGGCAGGACUAGAGGAGGUACAAGAUUAA